AUGGAUAAAUUCAUUAAACGUAGUGUAAGUUUGUCAGAUGAAAGUAAUGAAGAAGAAAAAGAGUCUAUGAAAAAGAAACCCAAAAUUGUUCAUCGAAAAUAUGACGAAAUCUACAUAAAUUACGGUUUUACAUAUUGCGGAGACGAAUCUUGUCCUACCCCAAAAUGUUUUGUUUGCGGAGUAACGUUGGGUAAUAAUUCGAUGGUGCCCAGUAAAUUAAUACGACAUUUAAGUACUAAACACCCAUCAGUAGCCCAAAAAGACAAAAUGUAUUUUCAACGUUUGAAGGACCAAUCGAAGAAGCAGGUAAAUUUCAUGAAUUCGUCUUUCAAAACCUCAGACAAAGCACAAAAAGCAAGCUACGUAGUCGCUAAUAUGUUAGUUAAAGCUAAAAAGCCGCACUCUCUUGCUGAAACUGUAGUUUUACCUGUCUGCAAAGAAAUCGUCAAGAUAAUGAUUAGCCAAGAAGCUGCUAAAGAAAUUGAAAAAAUACCUGCAUCAGCAAAAACGAUUUUACGUGGAAUCAAUGACAUAUCCAACGACAUUAAAUGGACGUUGAUUGAAAAAUUUAGAGUUAGUGGAGUUUUUGAGCUACAAGUUGCUGAGUCCACUGACAACAGUGGUCACGCGCAUCUCGUCUCAAAUGUUAGAUACAUUGAUGGAUGUGAAUUAAAAGAGGACUUUUUAUUUUGUCUGCCACUGCCUAACCAUGCAACUGGUGAAGAAAUAUUUAAAGUAACGGACGAAUUUUUCAAUGAGCAUAAUUUGGAAUGGCAUAACUGUAUAAGUGUGUAUAAGUGCAGCGGCUAUGACAGGAAAGGUGUACGAUUGCUUUCUCGCGGCAAAGUACUUUCCCGAAUUUAUGAGUUGAAAAAUGAGACUGAGAUGUUUUUGCAGUCCCAGGGUUCAGAUUAUGCACAUUUAUUUAAAAAAGAAGAAUGGCUAGCAAAACUUGCAUAUCUGACGGAUAUAUUUGCUCACUUAAAUGAGCUCAAUAAAAAAAUGCAAGGCAGAUAUUCCAAUAUUUUGACAUCGUCGGAACUAUGGAUCAGUCUCGCUACGAAUGGUAAUAAUAAAAUGUUCCCAAAUGUCAUGGCAGCUGAUCCAGAAAAAAGGGUGCAGGCUUUGAUUGUCAAACACUUAAAGCUUCUUGCAGAGAAAAUGAAUUUUUAUUUCCCUAAGCGUGAUUUGCAAGCUAUGGACUGGGUUCGAAAUCCAUUCUCCGAGAACAUUCCUUUCGGCCACUUACCAAUAAAUGAGCAGGAAGAACUGAUGGAAAUGAAAACGGAUCGCACAUUAAAAUUAAAAUUUUCUGAAACUGAUUUAGAACAAUUUUGGCUAUGUGUGAAAAAUGAAUAUCCUCUGCUUUCUAAGCACGCUAUUGCAAUACUUUUGCCGUUUGCAACGACCUAUUUGAGUGAAUUAGAAUUUUCGACUCUUACCACAAUAAAAACCAAAAAAAAGGGAACGCCUCAGGACGAUGGACGAAGAAAUGAGAGCAGCCUUGUCAGCGAUUACUACAAAUUUAGACCGUCUAUGCUCAAUUAA